AUGCUCGGUUUGGCGGGACUGCCGAAGCUGUCAAGGUCACUUAGUAUUGAUGAGGAGCCAUCUCAGUCCGCUCGUAGAACCUCGCGUGACAGAGACACGAGACAUGAAGAAAAGCGAGAGAGGGAGACCAGGGGGAGAGGGGAGGAGUCGAAUAGAGCAGUUUCACGAAAUCCUAAACCGUCGCACAGCGGCCGUGCGACAACCUCUGGCGACUCGAGCGACCGCGAGAGGGUAUCCUUUCGCAGCGACGCGGAGCUCGAUGCGCUUCAUGGCUGCGGUAACGGCCAUGGCUUCUUCUGCGUUCCCUGCCUGCAGCCUCUUAUCUCCCGCGAAAUGCGCUCCAACCCUUCUGACGCGCCUGACUCCUCUCGCGCGCCUGAUCCCUUGCACACGCCUAACCCUUCCCACACGCCUGACGCUUCCCACGCGCCUAACUCUUUCCGCUCGCCUAACCCUUUCCGCUCGCCUGACUCCUUUCGCGCGCCUGAUUUCUUUCGCGAGCCUGAUUCCCUCCGAGCGCCUGACUCCUUCCGCGCGCCUGACUCCUUCCGCGCGCCUGACUCCUUCCGCGCCCCCGAUUCUUCCCGCGCGCCUGAUUCCUCCCUCACCUCUCUCAGCUCUCGCAACUUGGCCGCUUCCAUCGGGCCUGGCGGCAGUAGGCGCAAUCGUAACCGUCAGCAGCACGGACGGUCACGAUCUGCUGCGGCGGUCGAGCCGAUUCCGCGCUCCCCGGCGACACUAGCGGGGCAGCACUCUGCUGGUUUUCGCAGCCCAGGUCUAGACUCACUGAAUCUUCGCUCUGUCGGCAACAGUAGCCGUAGUGUGCAGUCGGGCCGUCUAGGCUCUUCUGAGCGGCGGGAAACGUCGUCCAGGCGCCUGGAAUCGUCGUCCGGGCGACUGGAAGCGUCGUCUCGGCGACUGGAAUCGCCGUCUGGGCGGGUGGAAGCGUCGUCUUGGCCACUGGAAGCGUCGUCUAGGCGACUGGAAGUGUCGUCUGAUCGACUAGAAGGUGUUUUCGAGAUGUUAGACGGAGAGGCGGGGCUGGUGGGGGAAGCGUCUGGGCGAUCCGAAGAGUCGCUUGGGCGACGGAGUGUUGCAGACGACGCGGCGAACGACAGUAGCACGUCGUCUAGACCAUUACAAGAGGCGGAAAGCAGUUCGCAUGGUGUGGGCGGUGAGAUCAGACCGGACGGGCGAUCAGACGACGAACACAGGGGCGAAAUCAGGCCUGACGGACAACCAGACGACGAGAUUGACGUUAACGGAAAACGUCAACGCAAGCGGGCAUCACGGUUGCGAGUGAGGUGGGGCCCAGACUCACCCGACAGGGAUACCCCGGGAGAGCAGGGCAAGCCAAAAUCACGGUUGCGAGUGAGGUGGGGCCCUGACUCACCCGACAGGGAUACCCCGGGAGCAGCAGGAGAGGGCUGGGGUGGUAUCGUCGGUGCGAGCAGCAGGAGCUUCAGGCAUGUAGCAAGCUUCCUCCAGAAUUCCUGGCGCCAGGAUUCGCCUGACUCGCCCCCAAGCGAGCACGAGGCGGAGGAGAGAGAGGGAAUCGGGGAGGAGAGGGGGAGAGAGGGGAUUGGGGAGGAGGGCGGAGGGAGAAGCGAGGGGAGCAGGGUGUUGGGAAGGAGAAGAGGACGAGGAUUGCGAGGGUUGCAAGGAGGGAGAGGAGGGAGAGGGGCGAGAGGGGAAGACGGAGAGAGGGAAGGCGGGUGCUGGUCUGACCUUGCAUGGGCUACGUACCUGAACCAGCCCGUACCUGAGAAGGUUGGGCCGGUGCCGUCAACACCGCCUCGGAAGGAGGCCGGGCUGUGCUACGUGGUGUACCGGUGGGUGCUGGCGGCGAUGAGGCGAAUGCGCAUUCCCAUCAUCCACCCCUACUCGAGGUUCCGCCGCGAUAUCAACGUGCUCGUGGGCACGUGCAUUCUCUACAACGUGGUGAGCUUGUGGGAGGGGGGAAGGAGAGGAAGACGGGGUUCCGCCGCGAUAUCAACGUGCUUGUGGUGUGGGCGCCUGCAUUCUCUACAACGUGGUGAGCUGUGCAGGGCGGAGAGUUGGGGCCGGGGGAAGUGGGGGAUUCCCACACCCUCUCCCACCCCUCACACCAGUGGGAGAUCCUCUUCCAGGUCGCCUUUUGACCUACGCUGCGCUCCACAGGCGCAUGCCGCCUACAACCAUCCCUCCCGCACUCUGUUCCAUAUGCCCCUCUCACUCACCAUACCCCUCUCCUCUGCACCCUCAAACCUUCCCUCACACGCUCUUCCAUAUUGGGAGAUUCUCUUCCAGAUCGCCUUUGACCUGCGCUCCACGGGCGCGUGGCUCAUCUGGGAGAUUCUCUUCCAGAUCGCCUUUGAUCUGCGCUCCACAGGCGCGUGGCUCAUUGUCGACUCCACCCUCUCCGCCAUCUACCUCAUCGACGUGCUCCUGGGCUUCAAGACCGGGUACGUGACGAGAGAGCGGCAUGUGCGCACAAGCGACGGCAUCAAGAUCUUGCAGCCGCAGCAGAUUGUUCUGGAGCAGAUGGUGGGGGAGGUGGAAGGGUUGAAAUGGGUGCGUGGGUGGGAGGGUGGGAGGAGAAGUCCUGCAACCGAAGCAGAUUGUUCUGGAGCAGAUGCGAUGUGGGUGGGUGGGGGGCAAGCACUACCUACGCACGUGUUCCCCCUCUACCUCCUCUUGUCCCUGCCCUUGCCCCCCCUUACUGCAUCUGCUCCCAUCCCCUUCACCACCCUCACGCUCACCAGCAGCGCCGCGUAUGUGGCACUACCUGCGCACGUGGUUCCUGCUCGACCUGCUCUCCUCCCUGCCCACACACCCCGGCGCAUAGUGUGGCACUACCUGCGCACGUGGUUCCUGCUCGACCUGCUCUCUUCCCUGCCCACGCACCCGUGCCUUCCCCUUCCCCUUGCCCCCUCCUCUCGGCGCAUAGUGUGGCACUACCUGCGCACGUGGUUCGUGCUCGACCUGCUCUCCUCCCUGCCCAUGGAUCUCAUCAUCUCCCUCACCACCACCUCCUCCUCCGGCUUCUGGAUCUCCACCGUGAGUGUCCCGGUCGUCCAGUCUUCUAUUCCUUUAUGUGCUGCUGGGGGUGCUGCUUCUGGGGGUGCUGCUGGGGGGGCUGCCACCUCUCAUCAUCUCCCUCACCACCCACUCUGCCCUGUCCUCCCUCCAGGUGUUCCGAGCACUGAAGCUCUUCCGCAUGCGCUGACUGCUCAACUGCUCCACUGCCCCAAUCACUCCAUAUCCGCCCUGCUGCGCCAAUACCCACUGCCCUGCCUCUCAUGCCCCCUGCAGGUGUUCCGGGCGCUGAAGCUCUUCCGCAUGCGCCGCCUGCUCAACGCCACGGACUCAGAACCCCGUGCCCCAUUCACUCCGGAUCCCCCUUGCCCUGUGUUCCGAGCACUGAAGCUCUUCCGCAUGCGCCGCCUGCUGAACGCCACGGACCAGCUCAGAACGUCCUUCCUGCGCUCCACGUGGAUGGAGCUCACCGUGCUCAUCCUGCAGGUGGGUGGGCGGGUGGGUGCGUGGGUGGAUGUGAACGCACAGCACGGUACUCAUAACCUCACAGCAGGCAGGUACGAAGGCAAGCUCAGGACCUCCUUCCUGCGCUCCACGUGGAUGGAGCUCACCGUUCUCAUCCUGCAGGAGGGUGGGACUGCAGGUGGGUGGGACUGCAGGAGGGUGGGACUGCAGGAGGGUGGGACUGCAGGUGGGUGGGACUGCAGGAGGGUGGGACUGCAGGUGGGUGGGACUGCAGGAGGGUGGGACUGCAGGUGGGUGGGACUGCAGGAGGGUGGGACUGCAGGUGGGUGGGACUGCAGGAGGGUGGGACUGCAGGAGGGUGGGACUGCAGGUGGGUGGGACUGCAGGAGGGUGGGACUGCAGGUGGGUGGGACUGCAGGAGGGUGGGACUGCAGGUGGGUGGGACUGCAGGAGGGUGGGACUGCAGGAGGGUGGGACUGCAGGAGGGUGGGACUGCAGGUGGGUGGGACUGCAGGAGGGUGGGACUGCAGGAGGGUGGGACUGCAGGUGGGUGGGACUGCAGGAGGGUGGGACUGCAGGUGGGUGGGACUGCAGGAGGGUGGGACUGCAGGAGGGUGGGACUGCAGGAGGGUGGGACUGCAGGUGGGUGGGACUGCAGGAGGGUGGGACUGCAGGAGGGUGGGACUGCAGGAGGGUGGGACUGCAGGUGGGUGGGACUGCAGGAGGGUGGGACUGCAGGAGGGUGGGACUGCAGGUGGGUGGGACUGCAGGAGGGUGGGACUGCAGGUGGGUGGGACUGCAGGAGGGUGGGACUGCAGGUGGGUGGGACUGCAGGAGGGUGGGACUGCAGGUGGGUGGGACUGCAGGAGGGUGGGACUGCAGGUGGGUGGGACUGCAGGAGGGUGGGACUGCAGGAGGGUGGGACUGCAGGAGGGUGGGACUGCAGGAGGGUGGGACUGCAGGUGGGUGGGACUGCAGGAGGGUGGGACUGCAGGAGGGUGGGACUGCAGGUGGGUGGGACUGCAGGAGGGUGGGACUGCAGGUGGGUGGGACUGCAGGAGGGUGGGACUGCAGGUGGGUGGGACUGCAGGAGGGUGGGACUGCAGGUGGGUGGGACUGCAGGAGGGUGGGACUGCAGGAGGGUGGGACUGCAGGUGGGUGGGACUGCAGAUCUGCAUGUUCUGCCACGUGGGCGCAUGCGUCUUCGCUCUGAUUGGCCGGCUCGAGCCAGAGGGCCAAUCGUGGCUCGCCAGCUUCUUCUGGGACGACAACGGGGAGGCGCAGCCGCUGGAAACGGCGCCGCCAUUUGUCGCCUACGUGGCGGCCAUCUAUUGGUCCAUGGUGACCUUUGCCUCGGUGGGCUACGGGGACAUCUACCCUCAGGACACAAUUCCAGAGCGCAUCUUUGGCACCAUCUACAACCUGCUCGCAGCUAUCAUGCUCUCUAUGCCCCCCUUCCCUUCAUGCACCAUUCACUGCAGCCAAUGCUCUCUGUUCCUUCCUCCCUUCAUGCCCCAUGCACCACUCCAGGUGGGCUACGGCGACAUCUACCCCCAGGACACCAUCCCAGAGCGCAUCUUCGGCACCAUCUAUAACCUGCUCGCAGCCAUCAUGCUGGGUUACGCUGUCGGUUCAUCGAGAGGGAGGAGCUUCCAGAGUGGCUCGCCAACCGUCUGGUUCAUAGAGAGGGAGGAGCUUCCAGAGUGGCUCGCCAACCGCCUGAUGGUGCACCUCACCCGCCAGUGGCAGGCGCAGCUCUCUCAGAAAUUCGACGAGUUUGAGCUCAUGGAGAGCCUCACGGAGGACCUUCGGGGGGACCUCUUUGUGCACUGGUGGAAGCGCAGCAUUGCAGUGAGGUACGUGGGGCAAUGCGGUGCAGUGAGGUACGUGGGGCAAUGCGGUGCAGUGAGGUACGUGGGGCAAUGCGGUGCAGUGAGGUACGUGGGGCAAUGCGGUGCAGUGAGGUACGUGGGGCAAUGCGGUGCAGUGAGGUACGUGGGGCAAUGCGGUGCAGUGAGGUACGUGGGGCAAUGCGGUGCAGUGAGGUACGUGGGGCAAUGCGGUGCAGUGAGGUACGUGGGGCAAUGCGGUGCAGUGAGGUACGUGGGGCAAUGCGGUGCAGUGAGGUACGUGGGGCAAUGCGGUGCAGUGAGGUACGUGGGGCAAUGCGGUGCAGUGAGGUACGUGGGGCAAUGCGGUGCAGUGAGGUACGUGGGGCAAUGCGGUGCAGUGAGGUACGUGGGGCAAUGCGGUGCAGUGAGGUACGUGGGGCAAUGCGGUGCAGUGAGGUACGUGGGGCAAUGCGGUGCAGUGAGGUACGUGGGGCAAUGCGGUGCAGUGAGGUACGUGGGGCAAUGCGGUGCAGUGAGGUACGUGGGGCAAUGCGGUGCAGUGAGGUACGUGGGGCAAUGCGGUGCAGUGAGGUACGUGGGGCAAUGCGGUGCAGUGAGGUACGUGGGGCAAUGCGGUGCAGUGAGGUACGUGGGGCAAUGCGGUGCAGUGAGGUACGUGGGGCCAAUGCGGUGCAGUGAGGUACGUGUGGGGCAAUGCGGUGCAGUGAGGUACGUGGGGCAAUGCGGUGCAGUGAGGUACGUGGGGGCAAUGCGGUGCAGUGAGGUACGUGGGGCAAUGCGGUGCAGUGAGGUACGUGGGGCAAUGCGGUGCAGUGAGGUACGUGGGGCAAUGCGGUGCAGUGAGGUACGUGGGGCAAUGCGGUGCAGUGAGGUACGUGGGGCAAUGCGGUGCAGUGAGGUACGUGGGGCAAUGCGGUGCAGUGAGGUACGUGGGGCAAUGCGGUGCAGUGAGGUACGUGGGGCAAUGCGGUGCAGUGAGGUACGUGGGGCAAUGCGGUGCAGUGAGGUACGUGGGGCAAUGCGGUGCAGUGAGGUACGUGGGGCAAUGCGGUGCAGUGAGGUACGUGGGGCAAUGCGGUGCAGUGAGGUACGUGGGGCAAUGCGGUGUGCAGUGAGGUACGUGGGGCAAUGCGGUGCAGUGAGGUACGUGGGGCAAUGCGGUGCAGUGAGGUACGUGGGGCAAUGCGGUGCAGUGAGGUACGUGGGGCAAUGCGGUGCAGUGAGGUACGUGGGGCAAUGCGGUGCAGUGAGGUACGUGGGGCAAUGCGGUGCAGUGAGGUACGUGGGGCAAUGCGGUGCAGUGAGGUACGUGGGGCAAUGCGGUGCAGUGAGGUACGUGGGGCAAUGCGGUGCAGUGAGGUACGUGGGGCAAUGCGGUGCAGUGAGGUACGUGGGGCAAUGCGGUGCAGUGAGGUACGUGGGGCAAUGCGGUGCAGUGAGGUACGUGGGGCAAUGCGGUGCAGUGAGGUACGUGGGGCAAUGCGGUGCAGUGAGGUACGUGGGGCAAUGCGGUGCAGUGAGGUACGUGGGGCAAUGCGGUGCAGUGAGGUACGUGGGGCAAUGCGGUGCAGUGAGGUACGUGGGGCAAUGCGGUGCAGUGAGGUACGUGGGGCAAUGCGGUGCAGUGAGGUACGUGGGGCAAUGCGGUGCAGUGAGGUACGUGGGGCAAUGCGGUGCAGUGAGGUACGUGGGGCAAUGCGGUGCAGUGAGGUACGUGGGGCAAUGCGGUGCAGUGAGGUACGUGGGGCAAUGCGGUGCAGUGAGGUACGUGGGGCAAUGCGGUGCAGUGAGGUACGUGGGGCAAUGCGGUGCAGUGAGGUACGUGGGGCAAUGCGGUGCAGUGAGGUACGUGGGGCAAUGCGGUGCAGUGAGGUACGUGGGGCAAUGCGGUGCAGUGAGGUACGUGGGGCAAUGCGGUGCAGUGAGGUACGUGGGGCAAUGCGGUGCAGUGAGGUACGUGGGGCAAUGCGGUGCAGUGAGGUACGUGGGGCAAUGCGGUGCAGUGAGGUACGUGGGGCAAUGCGGUGCAGUGAGGUACGUGGGGCCAAUGCGGUGCAGUGAGGUACGUGGGGCAAUGCGGUGCAGUGAGGUACGUGGGGCAAUGCGGUGCAGUGAGGUACGUGGGGCAAUGCGGUGCAGUGAGGUACGUGGGGCAAUGCGGUGCAGUGAGGUACGUGGGGCAAUGCGGUGCAGUGAGGUACGUGGGGCAAUGCGGUGCAGUGAGGUACGUGGGGCAAUGCGGUGCAGUGAGGUACGUGGGGCAAUGCGGUGCAUGAGGUACGUGGGGCAAUGCGGUGCAGUGAGGUACGUGGGGCAAUGCGGUGCAGUGAGGUACGUGGGGCAAUGCGGUGCAGUGAGGUACGUGGGGCAAUGCGGUGCAGUGAGGUACGUGGGGCAAUGCGGUGCAGUGAGGUACGUGGGGCAAUGCGGUGCAGUGAGGUACGUGGGGCAAUGCGGUGCAGUGAGGUACGUGGGGCAAUGCGGUGCAGUGAGGUACGUGGGGCAAUGCGGUGCAGUGAGGUACGUGGGGCAAUGCGGUGCAGUGAGGUACGUGGGGCAAUGCGGUGCAGUGAGGUACGUGGGGCAAUGCGGUGCAGUGAGGUACGUGGGGCAAUGCGGUGCAGUGAGGUACGUGGGGCAAUGCGGUGCAGUGAGGUACGUGGGGCAAUGCGGUGCAGUGAGGUACGUGGGGCAAUGCGGUGCAGUGAGGUACGUGGGGCAAUGCGGUGCAGUGAGGUACGUGGGGCAAUGCGGUGCAGUGAGGUACGUGGGGCAAUGCGGUGCAGUGAGGUACGUGGGGCAAUGCGGUGCAGUGAGGUACGUGGGGCAAUGCGGUGCAGUGAGGUACGUGGGGCAAUGCGGUGCAGUGAGGUACGUGGGGCAAUGCGGUGCAGUGAGGUACGUGGGGCAAUGCGGUGCAGUGAGGUACGUGGGGCAAUGCGGUGCAGUGAGGUACGUGGGGCAAUGCGGUGCAGUGAGGUACGUGGGGCAAUGCGGUGCAGUGAGGUACGUGGGGCAAUGCGGUGCAGUGAGGUACGUGGGGCAAUGCGGUGCAGUGAGGUACGUGGGGCAAUGCGGUGCAGUGAGGUACGUGGGGCAAUGCGGUGCAGUGAGGUACGUGGGGCAAUGCGGUGCAGUGAGGUACGUGGGGCAAUGCGGUGCAGUGAGGUACGUGGGGCAAUGCGGUGCAGUGAGGUACGUGGGGCAAUGCGGUGCAGUGAGGUACGUGGGGCAAUGCGGUGCAGUGAGGUACGUGGGGCAAUGCGGUGCAGUGAGGUACGUGGGGCAAUGCGGUGCAGUGAGGUACGUGGGGCAAUGCGGUGCAGUGAGGUACGUGGGGCAAUGCGGUGCAGUGAGGUACGUGGGGCAAUGCGGUGCAGUGAGGUACGUGGGGCAAUGCGGUGCAGUGAGGUACGUGGGGCAAUGCGGUGCAGUGAGGUACGUGGGGCAAUGCGGUGCAGUGAGGUACGUGGGGCAAUGCGGUGCAGUGAGGUACGUGGGGCAAUGCGGUGCAGUGAGGUACGUGGGGCAAUGCGGUGCAGUGAGGUACGUGGGGCAAUGCGGUGCAGUGAGGUACGUGGGGCAAUGCGGUGCAGUGAGGUACGUGGGGCAAUGCGGUGCAGUGAGGUACGUGGGGCAAUGCGGUGCAGUGAGGUACGUGGGGCAAUGCGGUGCAGUGAGGUACGUGGGGCAAUGCGGUGCAGUGAGGUACGUGGGGCAAUGCGGUGCAGUGAGGUACGUGGGGCAAUGCGGUGCAGUGAGGUACGUGGGGCAAUGCGGUGCAGUGAGGUACGUGGGGCAAUGCGGUGCAGUGAGGUACGUGGGGCAAUGCGGUGCAGUGAGGUACGUGGGGCAAUGCGGUGCAGUGAGGUACGUGGGGCAAUGCGGUGCAGUGAGGUACGUGGGGCAAUGCGGUGCAGUGAGGUACGUGGGGCAAUGCGGUGCAGUGAGGUACGUGGGGCAAUGCGGUGCAGUGAGGUACGUGGGGCAAUGCGGUGCAGUGAGGUACGUGGGGCAAUGCGGUGCAGUGAGGUACGUGGGGCAAUGCGGUGCAGUGAGGUACGUGGGGCAAUGCGGUGCAGUGAGGUACGUGGGGCAAUGCGGUGCAGUGAGGUACGUGGGGCAAUGCGGUGCAGUGAGGUACGUGGGGCAAUGCGGUGCAGUGAGGUACGUGGGGCAAUGCGGUGCAGUGAGGUACGUGGGGCAAUGCGGUGCAGUGAGGUACGUGGGGCAAUGCGGUGCAGUGAGGUACGUGGGGCAAUGCGGUGCAGUGAGGUACGUGGGGCAAUGCGGUGCAGUGAGGUACGUGGGGCAAUGCGGUGCAGUGAGGUACGUGGGGCAAUGCGGUGCAGUGAGGUACGUGGGGCAAUGCGGUGCAGUGAGGUACGUGGGGCAAUGCGGUGCAGUGAGGUACGUGGGGCAAUGCGGUGCAGUGAGGUACGUGGGGCAAUGCGGUGCAGUGAGGUACGUGGGGCAAUGCGGUGCAGUGAGGUACGUGGGGCAAUGCGGUGCAGUGAGGUACGUGGGGCAAUGCGGUGCAGUGAGGUACGUGGGGCAAUGCGGUGCAGUGAGGUACGUGGGGCAAUGCGGUGCAGUGAGGUACGUGGGGCAAUGCGGUGCAGUGAGGUACGUGGGGCAAUGCGGUGCAGUGAGGUACGUGGGGCAAUGCGGUGCAGUGAGGUACGUGGGGCAAUGCGGUGCAGUGAGGUACGUGGGGCAAUGCGGUGCAGUGAGGUACGUGGGGCAAUGCGGUGCAGUGAGGUACGUGGGGCAAUGCGGUGCAGUGAGGUACGUGGGGCAAUGCGGUGCAGUGAGGUACGUGGGGCAAUGCGGUGCAGUGAGGUACGUGGGGCAAUGCGGUGCAGUGAGGUACGUGGGGCAAUGCGGUGCAGUGAGGUACGUGGGGCAAUGCGGUGCAGUGAGGUACGUGGGGCAAUGCGGUGCAGUGAGGUACGUGGGGCCAAUGCGGUGCAGUGAGGUACGUGGGGCAAUGCGGUGCAGUGAGGUACGUGGGGCAAUGCGGUGCAGUGAGGUACGUGGGGCAAUGCGGUGCAGUGAGGUACGUGGGCAAUGCCGGUGCAGUGAGGUACGUGGGGCAAUGCGGUGCAGUGAGGUACGUGGGGCAAUGCGGUGCAGUGAGGUACGUGGGGCAAUGCGGUGCAGUGAGGUACGUGGGGGCAAUGCGGUGCAGUGCAGGUACGUGGGGCAAUGCCGGUGCAUGAGGUACGUGGGGCAAUGCGGUGCAGUGAGGUACGUGGGGCAAUGCGGUGCAGUGAGGUACGUGGGGCAAUGCGGUGCAGUGAGGUACGUGGGGCAAUGCGGUGCAGUGAGGUACGUGGGGCAAUGCGGUGCAGUGAGGUACGUGGGGCAAUGCGGUGCAGUGAGGUACGUGGGGCAAUGCGGUGCAGUGAGGUACGUGGGGCAAUGCGGUGCAGUGAGGUACGUGGGGCAAUGCGGUGCAGUGAGGUACGUGGGGCAAUGCGGUGCAGUGAGGUACGUGGGGCAAUGCGGUGCAGUGAGGUACGUGGGGCAAUGCGGUGCAGUGAGGUACGUGGGGCAAUGCGGUGCAGUGAGGUACGUGGGGCAAUGCGGUGCAGUGAGGUACGUGGGGCAAUGCGGUGCAGUGAGGUACGUGGGGCAAUGCGGUGCAGUGAGGUACGUGGGGCAAUGCGGUGCAGUGAGGUACGUGGGGCAAUGCGGUGCAGUGAGGUACGUGGGGCAAUGCGGUGCAGUGAGGUACGUGGGGCAAUGCGGUGCAGUGAGGUACGUGGGGCAAUGCGGUGCAGUGAGGUACGUGGGGCAAUGCGGUGCAGUGAGGUACGUGGGGCAAUGCGGUGCAGUGAGGUACGUGGGGCAAUGCGGUGCAGUGAGGUACGUGGGGCAAUGCGGUGCAGUGAGGUACGUGGGGCAAUGCGGUGCAGUGAGGUACGUGGGGCAAUGCGGUGCAGUGAGGUACGUGGGGCAAUGCGGUGCAGUGAGGUACGUGGGGCAAUGCGGUGCAGUGAGGUACGUGGGGCAAUGCGGUGCAGUGAGGUACGUGGGGCAAUGCGGUGCAGUGAGGUACGUGGGGCAAUGCGGUGCAGUGAGGUACGUGGGGCAAUGCGGUGCAGUGAGGUACGUGGGGCAAUGCGGUGCAGUGAGGUACGUGGGGCAAUGCGGUGCAGUGAGGUACGUGGGGCAAUGCGGUGCAGUGAGGUACGUGGGGCAAUGCGGUGCAGUGAGGUACGUGGGCAAUGCGGUGAGGUACGUGGGGCAAUGCGGUGCAGUGAGGUACGUGGGGCAAUGCGGUGCAGUGAGGUACGUGGGGCAAUGCGGUGCAGUGAGGUACGUGGGGCAAUGCGGUGCAGUGAGGUACGUGGGGCAAUGCGGUGCAGUGAGGUACGUGGGGCAAUGCGGUGCAGUGAGGUACGUGGGGCAAUGCGGUGCAGUGAGGUACGUGGGGCAAUGCGGUGCAGUGAGGUACGUGGGGCAAUGCGGUGCAGUGAGGUACGUGGGGCAAUGCGGUGCAGUGAGGUACGUGGGGCAAUGCGGUGCAGUGAGGUACGUGGGGCAAUGCGGUGCAGUGAGGUACGUGGGGCAAUGCGGUGCAGUGAGGUACGUGGGGCAAUGCGGUGCAGUGAGGUACGUGGGGCAAUGCGGUGCAGUGAGGUACGUGGGGCAAUGCGGUGCAGUGAGGUACGUGGGGCAAUGCGGUGCAGUGAGGUACGUGGGGCAAUGCGGUGCAGUGAGGUACGUGGGGCAAUGCGGUGCAGUGAGGUACGUGGGGCAAUGCGGUGCAGUGAGGUACGUGGGGCAAUGCGGUGCAGUGAGGUACGUGGGGCAAUGCGGUGCAGUGAGGUACGUGGGGCAAUGCGGUGCAGUGAGGUACGUGGGGCAAUGCGGUGCAGUGAGGUACGUGGGGCAAUGCGGUGCAGUGAGGUACGUGGGGCAAUGCGGUGCAGUGAGGUACGUGGGGCAAUGCGGUGCAGUGAGGUACGUGGGGCAAUGCGGUGCAGUGAGGUACGUGGGGCAAUGCGGUGCAGUGAGGUACGUGGGGCAAUGCGGUGCAGUGAGGUACGUGGGGCAAUGCGGUGCAGUGAGGUACGUGGGGCAAUGCGGUGCAGUGAGGUACGUGGGGCAAUGCGGUGCAGUGAGGUACGUGGGGCAAUGCGGUGCAGUGAGGUACGUGGGGCAAUGCGGUGCAGUGAGGUACGUGGGGCAAUGCGGUGCAGUGAGGUACGUGGGGCAAUGCGGUGCAGUGAGGUACGUGGGGCAAUGCGGUGCAGUGAGGUACGUGGGGCAAUGCGGUGCAGUGAGGUACGUGGGGCAAUGCGGUGCAGUGAGGUACGUGGGGCAAUGCGGUGCAGUGAGGUACGUGGGGCAAUGCGGUGCAGUGAGGUACGUGGGGCAAUGCGGUGCAGUGAGGUACGUGGGGCAAUGCGGUGCAGUGAGGUACGUGGGGCAAUGCGGUGCAGUGAGGUACGUGGGGCAAUGCGGUGCAGUGAGGUACGUGGGGCAAUGCGGUGCAGUGAGGUACGUGGGGCAAUGCGGUGCAGUGAGGUACGUGGGGCAAUGCGGUGCAGUGAGGUACGUGGGGCAAUGCGGUGCAGUGAGGUACGUGGGGCAAUGCGGUGCAGUGAGGUACGUGGGGCAAUGCGGUGCAGUGAGGUACGUGGGGCAAUGCGGUGCAGUGAGGUACGUGGGGCAAUGCGGUGCAGUGAGGUACGUGGGGCAAUGCGGUGCAGUGAGGUACGUGGGGCAAUGCGGUGCAGUGAGGUACGUGGGGCAAUGCGGUGCAGUGAGGUACGUGGGGCAAUGCGGUGCAUGGUACGUGGGGCAAUGCGGUGCAGUGAGGUACGUGGGGCAAUGCGGUGCAGUGAGGUACGUGGGGCAAUGCGGUGCAGUGAGGUACGUGGGGCAAUGCGGUGCAGUGAGGUACGUGGGGCAAUGCGGUGCAGUGAGGUACGUGGGGCAAUGCGGUGCAGUGAGGUACGUGGGGCAAUGCGGUGCAGUGAGGUACGUGGGGCAAUGCGGUGCAGUGAGGUACGUGGGGCAAUGCGGUGCAGUGAGGUACGUGGGGCAAUGCGGUGCAGUGAGGUACGUGGGGCAAUGCGGUGCAGUGAGGUACGUGGGGCAAUGCGGUGCAGUGAGGUACGUGGGGCAAUGCGGUGCAGUGAGGUACGUGGGGCAAUGCGGUGCAGUGAGGUACGUGGGGCAAUGCGGUGCAGUGAGGUACGUGGGGCAAUGCGGUGCAGUGAGGUACGUGGGGCAAUGCGGUGCAGUGAGGUACGUGGGGCAAUGCGGUGCAGUGAGGUACGUGGGGCAAUGCGGUGCAGUGAGGUACGUGGGGCAAUGCGGUGCAGUGAGGUACGUGGGGCAAUGCGGUGCAGUGAGGUACGUGGGGCAAUGCGGUGCAGUGAGGUACGUGGGGCAAUGCGGUGCAGUGAGGUACGUGGGGCAAUGCGGUGCAGUGAGGUACGUGGGGCAAUGCGGUGCAGUGAGGUACGUGGGGCAAUGCGGUGCAGUGAGGUACGUGGGGCAAUGCGGUGCAGUGAGGUACGUGGGGCAAUGCGGUGCAGUGAGGUACGUGGGGCAAUGCGGUGCAGUGAGGUACGUGGGGCAAUGCGGUGCAGUGAGGUACGUGGGGCAAUGCGGUGCAGUGAGGUACGUGGGGCAAUGCGGUGCAGUGAGGUACGUGGGGCAAUGCGGUGCAGUGAGGUACGUGGGGCAAUGCGGUGCAGUGAGGUACGUGGGGCAAUGCGGUGCAGUGAGGUACGUGGGGCAAUGCGGUGCAGUGAGGUACGUGGGGCAAUGCGGUGCAGUGAGGUACGUGGGGCAAUGCGGUGCAGUGAGGUACGUGGGGCAAUGCGGUGCAGUGAGGUACGUGGGGCAAUGCGGUGCAGUGAGGUACGUGGGGCAAUGCGGUGCAGUGAGGUACGUGGGGCAAUGCGGUGCAGUGAGGUACGUGGGGCAAUGCGGUGCAGUGAGGUACGUGGGGCAAUGCGGUGCAGUGAGGUACGUGGGGCAAUGCGGUGCAGUGAGGUACGUGGGGCAAUGCGGUGCAGUGAGGUACGUGGGGCAAUGCGGUGCAGUGAGGUACGUGGGGCAAUGCGGUGCAGUGAGGUACGUGGGGCAAUGCGGUGCAGUGAGGUACGUGGGGCAAUGCGGUGCAGUGAGGUACGUGGGGCAAUGCGGUGCAGUGAGGUACGUGGGGCAAUGCGGUGCAGUGAGGUACGUGGGGCAAUGCGGUGCAGUGAGGUACGUGGGGCAAUGCGGUGCAGUGAGGUACGUGGGGCAAUGCGGUGCAGUGAGGUACGUGGGGCAAUGCGGUGCAGUGAGGUACGUGGGGCAAUGCGGUGCAGUGAGGUACGUGGGGCAAUGCGGUGCAGUGAGGUACGUGGGGGCAAUGCGGUGCAGUGAGGUACGUGGGGCAAUGCGGUGCAGUGAGGUACGUGGGGCAAUGCGGUGCAUGAGGUACGUGGGGCAAUGCGGUGCAGUGAGGUACGUGGGGCAAUGCGGUGCAGUGAGGUACGUGGGGCAAUGCGGUGCAGUGAGGUACGUGGGGCAAUGCGGUGCAGUGAGGUACGUGGGGCAAUGCGGUGCAGUGAGGUACGUGGGGCAAUGCGGUGCAGUGAGGUACGUGGGGCAAUGCGGUGCAGUGAGGUACGUGGGGCAAUGCGGUGCAGUGAGGUACGUGGGGCAAUGCGGUGCAGUGAGGUACGUGGGGCAAUGCGGUGCAGUGAGUGAGGUACGCCUGGCGUGGCAAUGCGGUGCAGUGAGGUACGUGGGGCAAUGCGGUGCAGUGAGGUACGUGGGGCAAUGCGGUGCAGUGAGGUACGUGGGGCAAUGCGGUGCAGUGAGGUACGUGGGGCAAUGCGGUGCAGUGAGGUACGUGGGGCAAUGCGGUGCAGUGAGGUACGUGGGGCAAUGCGGUGCAGUGAGGUACGUGGGGCAAUGCGGUGCAGUGAGGUACGUGGGGCAAUGCGGUGCAGUGAGGUACGUGGGGCAAUGCGGUGCAGUGAGGUACGUGGGGCAAUGCGGUGCAGUGAGGUACGUGGGGCAAUGCGGUGCAGUGAGGUACGUGGGGCAAUGCGGUGCAGUGAGGUACGUGGGGCAAUGCGGUGCAGUGAGGUACGUGGGGCAAUGCGGUGCAGUGAGGUACGUGGGGCAAUGCGGUGCAGUGAGGUACGUGGGGCAAUGCGGUGCAGUGAGGUACGUGGGGCAAUGCGGUGCAGUGAGUGAGGUACGUGGGCAAUGCGGUGCAGUGAGGUACGUGGGGCAAUGCGGUGCAGUGAGGUACGUGGGGCAAUGCGGUGCAGUGAGGUACGUGGGGCAAUGCGGUGCAGUGAGGUACGUGGGGCAAUGCGGUGCAGUGAGGUACGUGGGGCAAUGCGGUGCAGUGAGGUACGUGGGGCAAUGCGGUGCAGUGAGGUACGUGGGGCAAUGCGGUGCAGUGAGGUACGUGGGGCAAUGCGGUGCAGUGAGGUACGUGGGGCAAUGCGGUGCAGUGAGGUACGUGGGGCAAUGCGGUGCAGUGAGGUACGUGGGGCAAUGCGGUGCAGUGAGGUACGUGGGGCAAUGCGGUGCAGUGAGGUACGUGGGGCAAUGCGGUGCAGUGAGGUACGUGGGGCAAUGCGGUGCAGUGAGGUACGUGGGGCAAUGCGGUGCAGUGAGGUACGUGGGGCAAUGCGGUGCAGUGAGGUACGUGGGGCAAUGCGGUGCAGUGAGGUACGUGGGGCAAUGCGGUGCAGUGAGGUACGUGGGGCAAUGCGGUGCAGUGAGUGAGGUACGUGGGCAAUGCGGUGCAGUGAGGUACGUGGGGCAAUGCGGUGCAGUGAGGUACGUGGGGCAAUGCGGUGCAGUGAGGUACGUGGGGCAAUGCGGUGCAGUGAGGUACGUGGGGCAAUGCGGUGCAGUGAGGUACGUGGGGCAAUGCGGUGCAGUGAGGUACGUGGGGCAAUGCGGUGCAGUGAGGUACGUGGGGCAAUGCGGUGCAGUGAGGUACGUGGGGCAAUGCGGUGCAGUGAGGUACGUGGGGCAAUGCGGUGCAGUGAGGUACGUGGGGCAAUGCGGUGCAGUGAGGUACGUGGGGCAAUGCGGUGCAGUGAGGUACGUGGGGCAAUGCGGUGCAGUGAGGUACGUGGGGCAAUGCGGUGCAGUGAGGUACGUGGGGCAAUGCGGUGCAGUGAGGUACGUGGGGCAAUGCGGUGCAGUGAGGUACGUGGGGCAAUGCGGUGCAGUGAGGUACGUGGGGCAAUGCGGUGCAGUGAGGUACGUGGGGCAAUGCGGUGCAGUGAGGUACGUGGGGCAAUGCGGUGCAGUGAGGUACGUGGGGCAAUGCGGUGCAGUGAGGUACGUGGGGCAAUGCGGUGCAGUGAGGUACGUGGGGCAAUGCGGUGCAGUGAGGUACGUGGGGCAAUGCGGUGCAGUGAGGUACGUGGGGCAAUGCGGUGCAGUGAGGUACGUGGGGCAAUGCGGUGCAGUGAGGUACGUGGGGCAAUGCGGUGCAGUGAGGUACGUGGGGCAAUGCGGUGCAGUGAGGUACGUGGGGCAAUGCGGUGCAGUGAGGUACGUGGGGCAAUGCGGUGCAGUGAGGUACGUGGGGCAAUGCGGUGCAGUGAGGUACGUGGGGCAAUGCGGUGCAGUGAGGUACGUGGGGCAAUGCGGUGCAGUGAGGUACGUGGGGCAAUGCGGUGCAGUGAGGUACGUGGGGCAAUGCGGUGCAGUGAGGUACGUGGGGCAAUGCGGUGCAGUGAGGUACGUGGGGCAAUGCGGUGCAGUGAGGUACGUGGGGCAAUGCGGUGCAGUGAGGUACGUGGGGCAAUGCGGUGCAGUGAGGUACGUGGGGCAAUGCGGUGCAGUGAGGUACGUGGGGCAAUGCGGUGCAGUGAGGUACGUGGGGCAAUGCGGUGCAGUGAGGUACGUGGGGCAAUGCGGUGCAGUGAGGUACGUGGGGCAAUGCGGUGCAGUGAGGUACGUGGGGCAAUGCGGUGCAGUGAGGUACGUGGGGCAAUGCGGUGCAGUGAGGUACGUGGGGCAAUGCGGUGCAGUGAGGUACGUGGGGCAAUGCGGUGCAGUGAGGUACGUGGGGCAAUGCGGUGCAGUGAGGUACGUGGGGCAAUGCGGUGCAGUGAGGUACGUGGGGCAAUGCGGUGCAGUGAGGUACGUGGGGCAAUGCGGUGCAGUGAGGUACGUGGGGCAAUGCGGUGCAGUGAGGUACGUGGGGCAAUGCGGUGCAGUGAGGUACGUGGGGCAAUGCGGUGCAGUGAGGUACGUGGGGCAAUGCGGUGCAGUGAGGUACGUGGGGCAAUGCGGUGCAGUGAGGUACGUGGGGCAAUGCGGUGCAGUGAGGUACGUGGGGCAAUGCGGUGCAGUGAGGUACGUGGGGCAAUGCGGUGCAGUGAGGUACGUGGGGCAAUGCGGUGCAGUGAGGUACGUGGGGCAAUGCGGUGCAGUGAGGUACGUGGGGCAAUGCGGUGCAGUGAGGUACGUGGGGCAAUGCGGUGCAGUGAGGUACGUGGGGCAAUGCGGUGCAGUGAGGUACGUGGGGCAAUGCGGUGCAGUGAGGUACGUGGGGCAAUGCGGUGCAGUGAGGUACGUGGGGCAAUGCGGUGCAGUGAGGUACGUGGGGCAAUGCGGUGCAGUGAGGUACGUGGGGCAAUGCGGUGCAGUGAGGUACGUGGGGCAAUGCGGUGCAGUGAGGUACGUGGGGCAAUGCGGUGCAGUGAGGUACGUGGGGCAAUGCGGUGCAGUGAGGUACGUGGGGCAAUGCGGUGCAGUGAGGUACGUGGGGCAAUGCGGUGCAGUGAGGUACGUGGGGCAAUGCGGUGCAGUGAGGUACGUGGGGCAAUGCGGUGCAGUGAGGUACGUGGGGCAAUGCGGUGCAGUGAGGUACGUGGGGCAAUGCGGUGCAGUGAGGUACGUGGGGCAAUGCGGUGCAGUGAGGUACGUGGGGCAAUGCGGUGCAGUGAGGUACGUGGGGCAAUGCGGUGCAGUGAGGUACGUGGGGCAAUGCGGUGCAGUGAGGUACGUGGGGCAAUGCGGUGCAGUGAGGUACGUGGGGCAAUGCGGUGCAGUGAGGUACGUGGGGCAAUGCGGUGCAGUGAGGUACGUGGGGCAAUGCGGUGCAGUGAGGUACGUGGGGCAAUGCGGUGCAGUGAGGUACGUGGGGCAAUGCGGUGCAGUGAGGUACGUGGGGCAAUGCGGUGCAGUGAGGUACGUGGGGCAAUGCGGUGCAGUGAGGUACGUGGGGCAAUGCGGUGCAGUGAGGUACGUGGGGCAAUGCGGUGCAGUGAGGUACGUGGGGCAAUGCGGUGCAGUGAGGUACGUGGGGCAAUGCGGUGCAGUGAGGUACGUGGGGCAAUGCGGUGCAGUGAGGUACGUGGGGCAAUGCGGUGCAGUGAGGUACGUGGGGCAAUGCGGUGCAGUGAGGUACGUGGGGCAAUGCGGUGCAGUGAGGUACGUGGGGCAAUGCGGUGCAGUGAGGUACGUGGGGCAAUGCGGUGCAGUGAGGUACGUGGGGCAAUGCGGUGCAGUGAGGUACGUGGGGCAAUGCGGUGCAGUGAGGUACGUGGGGCAAUGCGGUGCAGUGAGGUACGUGGGGCAAUGCGGUGCAGUGAGGUACGUGGGGCAAUGCGGUGCAGUGAGGUACGUGGGGCAAUGCGGUGCAGUGAGGUACGUGGGGCAAUGCGGUGCAGUGAGGUACGUGGGGCAAUGCGGUGCAGUGAGGUACGUGGGGCAAUGCGGUGCAGUGAGGUACGUGGGGCAAUGCGGUGCAGUGAGGUACGUGGGGCAAUGCGGUGCAGUGAGGUACGUGGGGCAAUGCGGUGCAGUGAGGUACGUGGGGCAAUGCGGUGCAGUGAGGUACGUGGGGCAAUGCGGUGCAGGAGUACGUGGGGCAAUGCGGUGCAGUGAGGUACGUGGGGCAAUGCGGUGCAGUGAGGUACGUGGGGCAAUGCGGUGCAGUGAGGUACGUGGGGCAAUGCGGUGCAGUGAGGUACGUGGGGCAAUGCGGUGCAGUGAGGUACGUGGGGCAAUGCGGUGCAGUGAGGUACGUGGGGCAAUGCGGUGCAGUGAGGUACGUGGGGCAAUGCGGUGCAGUGAGGUACGUGGGGCAAUGCGGUGCAGUGAGGUACGUGGGGCAAUGCGGUGCAGUGAGGUACGUGGGGCAAUGCGGUGCAGUGAGGUACGUGGGGCAAUGCGGUGCAGUGAGGUACGUGGGGCAAUGCGGUGCAGUGAGGUACGUGGGGCAAUGCGGUGCAGUGAGGUACGUGGGGCAAUGCGGUGCAGUGAGGUACGUGGGGCAAUGCGGUGCCGUGAGGUACGUGGGGCAAUGCGGGCAGUGAGGUACGUGGGGCAAUGCGGUGCAGUGAGGUACGUGGGGCAAUGCGGUGCAGUGAGGUACGUGGGGCAAUGCGGUGCAGUGAGGUACGUGGGGCAAUGCGGUGCAGUGAGGUACGUGGGGCAAUGCGGUGCAGUGAGGUACGUGGGGCAAUGCGGUGCAGUGAGGUACGUGGGGCAAUGCGGUGCAGUGAGGUACGUGGGGCAAUGCGGUGCAGUGAGGUACGUGGGGCAAUGCGGUGCAGUGAGGUACGUGGGGCAAUGCGGUGCAGUGAGGUACGUGGGGCAAUGCGGUGCAGUGAGGUACGUGGGGCAAUGCGGUGCAGUGAGGUACGUGGGGCAAUGCGGUGCAGUGAGGUACGUGGGGCAAUGCGGUGCAGUGAGGUACGUGGGGCAAUGCGGUGCAGUGAGGUACGUGGGGCAAUGCGGUGCAGUGAGGUACGUGGGGCAAUGCGGUUACGUGGGGCAAUGCGGUGCAGUGAGGUACGUGGGGCAAUGCGGUGCAGUGAGGUACGUGGGGCAAUGCGGUGCAGUGAGGUACGUGGGGCAAUGCGGUGCAGUGAGGUACGUGGGGCAAUGCGGUGCAGUGAGGUACGUGGGGCAAUGCGGUGCAGUGAGGUACGUGGGGCAAUGCGGUGCAGUGAGGUACGUGGGGCAAUGCGGUGCAGUGAGGUACGUGGGGCAAUGCGGUGCAGUGAGGUACGUGGGGCAAUGCGGUGCAGUGAGGUACGUGGGGCAAUGCGGUGCAGUGAGGUACGUGGGGCAAUGCGGUGCAGUGAGGUACGUGGGGCAAUGCGGUGCAGUGAGGUACGUGGGGCAAUGCGGUGCAGUGAGGUACGUGGGGCAAUGCGGUGCAGUGAGGUACGUGGGGCAAUGCGGUGCAGUGAGGUACGUGGGGCAAUGCGGUGCAGUGAGGUACGUGGGGCAAUGCGGUGCAGUGAGGUACGUGGGGCAAUGCGGUGCAGUGAGGUACGUGGGGCAAUGCGGUGCAGUGAGGUACGUGGGGCAAUGCGGUGCAGUGAGGUACGUGGGGCAAUGCGGUGCAGUGAGGUACGUGGGGCAAUGCGGUGCAGUGAGGUACGUGGGGCAAUGCGGUGCAGUGAGGUACGUGGGGCAAUGCGGUGCAGUGAGGUACGUGGGGCAAUGCGGUGCAGUGAGGUACGUGGGGCAAUGCGGUGCAGUGAGGUACGUGGGGCAAUGCGGUGCAGUGAGGUACGUGGGGCAAUGCGGUGCAGUGAGGUACGUGGGGCAAUGCGGUGCAGUGAGGUACGUGGGGCAAUGCGGUGCAGUGAGGUACGUGGGGCAAUGCGGUGCAGUGAGGUACGUGGGGCAAUGCGGUGCAGUGAGGUACGUGGGGCAAUGCGGUGCAGUGAGGUACGUGGGGCAAUGCGGUGCAGUGAGGUACGUGGGGCAAUGCGGUGCAGUGAGGUACGUGGGGCAAUGCGGUGCAGUGAGGUACGUGGGGCAAUGCGGUGCAGUGAGGUACGUGGGGCAAUGCGGUGCAGUGAGGUACGUGGGGCAAUGCGGUGCAGUGAGGUACGUGGGGCAAUGCGGUGCAGUGAGGUACGUGGGGCAAUGCGGUGCAGUGAGGUACGUGGGGCAAUGCGGUGCAGUGAGGUACGUGGGGCAAUGCGGUGCAGUGAGGUACGUGGGGCAAUGCGGUGCAGUGAGGUACGUGGGGCAAUGCGGUGCAGUGAGGUACGUGGGGCAAUGCGGUGCAGUGAGGUACGUGGGGCAAUGCGGUGCAGUGAGGUACGUGGGGCAAUGCGGUGCAGUGAGGUACGUGGGGCAAUGCGGUGCAGUGAGGUACGUGGGGCAAUGCGGUGCAGUGAGGUACGUGGGGCAAUGCGGUGCAGUGAGGUACGUGGGGCAAUGCGGUGCAGUGAGGUACGUGGGGCAAUGCGGUGCAGUGAGGUACGUGGGGCAAUGCGGUGCAGUGAGGUACGUGGGGCAAUGCGGUGCAGUGAGGUACGUGGGGCAAUGCGGUGCAGUGAGGUACGUGGGGCAAUGCGGUGCAGUGAGGUACGUGGGGCAAUGCGGUGCAGUGAGGUACGUGGGGCAAUGCGGUGCAGUGAGGUACGUGGGGCAAUGCGGUGCAGUGAGGUACGUGGGGCAAUGCGGUGCAGUGAGGUACGUGGGGCAAUGCGGUGCAGUGAGGUACGUGGGGCAAUGCGGUGCAGUGAGGUACGUGGGGCAAUGCGGUGCAGUGAGGUACGUGGGGCAAUGCGGUGCAGUGAGGUACGUGGGGCAAUGCGGUGCAGUGAGGUACGUGGGGCAAUGCGGUGCAGUGAGGUACGUGGGGCAAUGCGGUGCAGUGAGGUACGUGGGGCAAUGCGGUGCAGUGAGGUACGUGGGGCAAUGCGGUGCAGUGAGGUACGUGGGGCAAUGCGGUGCAGUGAGGUACGUGGGGCAAUGCGGUGCAGUGAGGUACGUGGGGCAAUGCGGUGCAGUGAGGUACGUGGGGCAAUGCGGUGCAGUGAGGUACGUGGGGCAAUGCGGUGCAGUGAGGUACGUGGGGCAAUGCGGUGCAGUGAGGUACGUGGGGCAAUGCGGUGCAGUGAGGUACGUGGGGCAAUGCGGUGCAGUGAGGUACGUGGGGCAAUGCGGUGCAGUGAGGUACGUGGGGCAAUGCGGUGCAGUGAGGUACGUGGGGCAAUGCGGUGCAGUGAGGUACGUGGGGCAAUGCGGUGCAGUGAGGUACGUGGGGCAAUGCGGUGCAGUGAGGUACGUGGGGCAAUGCGGUGCAGUGAGGUACGUGGGGCAAUGCGGUGCAGUGAGGUACGUGGGGCAAUGCGGUGCAGUGAGGUACGUGGGGCAAUGCGGUGCAGUGAGGUACGUGGGGCAAUGCGGUGCAGUGAGGUACGUGGGGCAAUGCGGUGCAGUGAGGUACGUGGGGCAAUGCGGUGCAGUGAGGUACGUGGGGCAAUGCGGUGCAGUGAGGUACGUGGGGCAAUGCGGUGCAGUGAGGUACGUGGGGCAAUGCGGUGCAGUGAGGUACGUGGGGCAAUGCGGUGCAGUGAGGUACGUGGGGCAAUGCGGUGCAGUGAGGUACGUGGGGCAAUGCGGUGCAGUGAGGUACGUGGGGCAAUGCGGUGCAGUGAGGUACGUGGGGCAAUGCGGUGCAGUGAGGUACGUGGGGCAAUGCGGUGCAGUGAGGUACGUGGGGCAAUGCGGUGCAGUGAGGUACGUGGGGCAAUGCGGUGCAGUGAGGUACGUGGGGCAAUGCGGUGCAGUGAGGUACGUGGGGCAAUGCGGUGCAGUGAGGUACGUGGGGCAAUGCGGUGCAGUGAGGUACGUGGGGCAAUGCGGUGCAGUGAGGUACGUGGGGCAAUGCGGUGCAGUGAGGUACGUGGGGCAAUGCGGUGCAGUGAGGUACGUGGGGCAAUGCGGUGCAGUGAGGUACGUGGGGCAAUGCGGUGCAGUGAGGUACGUGGGGCAAUGCGGUGCAGUGAGGUACGUGGGGCAAUGCGGUGCAGUGAGGUACGUGGGGCAAUGCGGUGCAGUGAGGUACGUGGGGCAAUGCGGUGCAGUGAGGUACGUGGGGCAAUGCGGUGCAGUGAGGUACGUGGGGCAAUGCGGUGCAGUGAGGUACGUGGGGCAAUGCGGUGCAGUGAGGUACGUGGGGCAAUGCGGUGCAGUGAGGUACGUGGGGCAAUGCGGUGCAGUGAGGUACGUGGGGCAAUGCGGUGCAGUGAGGUACGUGGGGCAAUGCGGUGCAGUGAGGUACGUGGGGCAAUGCGGUGCAGUGAGGUACGUGGGGCAAUGCGGUGCAGUGAGGUACGUGGGGCAAUGCGGUGCAGUGAGGUACGUGGGGCAAUGCGGUGCAGUGAGGUACGUGGGGCAAUGCGGUGCAGUGAGGUACGUGGGGCAAUGCGGUGCAGUGAGGUACGUGGGGCAAUGCGGUGCAGUGAGGUACGUGGGGCAAUGCGGUGCAGUGAGGUACGUGGGGCAAUGCGGUGCAGUGAGGUACGUGGGGCAAUGCGGUGCAGUGAGGUACGUGGGGCAAUGCGGUGCAGUGAGGUACGUGGGGCAAUGCGGUGCAGUGAGGUACGUGGGGCAAUGCGGUGCAGUGAGGUACGUGGGGCAAUGCGGUGCAGUGAGGUACGUGGGGCAAUGCGGUGCAGUGAGGUACGUGGGGCAAUGCGGUGCAGUGAGGUACGUGGGGCAAUGCGGUGCAGUGAGGUACGUGGGGCAAUGCGGUGCAGUGAGGUACGUGGGGCAAUGCGGUGCAGUGAGGUACGUGGGGCAAUGCGGUGCAGUGAGGUACGUGGGGCAAUGCGGUGCAGUGAGGUACGUGGGGCAAUGCGGUGCAGUGAGGUACGUGGGGCAAUGCGGUGCAGUGAGGUACGUGGGGCAAUGCGGUGCAGUGAGGUACGUGGGGCAAUGCGGUGCAGUGAGGUACGUGGGGCAAUGCGGUGCAGUGAGGUACGUGGGGCAAUGCGGUGCAGUGAGGUACGUGGGGCAAUGCGGUGCAGUGAGGUACGUGGGGCAAUGCGGUGCAGUGAGGUACGUGGGGCAAUGCGGUGCAGUGAGGUACGUGGGGCAAUGCGGUGCAGUGAGGUACGUGGGGCAAUGCGGUGCAGUGAGGUACGUGGGGCAAUGCGGUGCAGUGAGGUACGUGGGGCAAUGCGGUGCAGUGAGGUACGUGGGGCAAUGCGGUGCAGUGAGGUACGUGGGGCAAUGCGGUGCAGUGAGGUACGUGGGGCAAUGCGGUGCAGUGAGGUACGUGGGGCAAUGCGGUGCAGUGAGGUACGUGGGGCAAUGCGGUGCAGUGAGGUACGUGGGGCAAUGCGGUGCAGUGAGGUACGUGGGGCAAUGCGGUGCAGUGAGGUACGUGGGGCAAUGCGGUGCAGUGAGGUACGUGGGGCAAUGCGGUGCAGUGAGGUACGUGGGGCAAUGCGGUGCAGUGAGGUACGUGGGGCAAUGCGGUGCAGUGAGGUACGUGGGGCAAUGCGGUGCAGUGAGGUACGUGGGGCAAUGCGGUGCAGUGAGGUACGUGGGGCAAUGCGGUGCAGUGAGGUACGUGGGGCAAUGCGGUGCAGUGAGGUACGUGGGGCAAUGCGGUGCAGUGAGGUACGUGGGGCAAUGCGGUGCAGUGAGGUACGUGGGGCAAUGCGGUGCAGUGAGGUACGUGGGGCAAUGCGGUGCAGUGAGGUACGUGGGGCAAUGCGGUGCAGUGAGGUACGUGGGGCAAUGCGGUGCAGUGAGGUACGUGGGGCAAUGCGGUGCAGUGAGGUACGUGGGGCAAUGCGGUGCAGUGAGGUACGUGGGGCAAUGCGGUGCAGUGAGGUACGUGGGGCAAUGCGGUGCAGUGAGGUACGUGGGGCAAUGCGGUGCAGUGAGGUACGUGGGGCAAUGCGGUGCAGUGAGGUACGUGGGGCAAUGCGGUGCAGUGAGGUACGUGGGGCAAUGCGGUGCAGUGAGGUACGUGGGGCAAUGCGGUGCAGUGAGGUACGUGGGGCAAUGCGGUGCAGUGAGGUACGUGGGGCAAUGCGGUGCAGUGAGGUACGUGGGGCAAUGCGGUGCAGUGAGGUACGUGGGGCAAUGCGGUGCAGUGAGGUACGUGGGGCAAUGCGGUGCAGUGAGGUACGUGGGGCAAUGCGGUGCAGUGAGGUACGUGGGGCAAUGCGGUGCAGUGAGGUACGUGGGGCAAUGCGGUGCAGUGAGGUACGUGGGGCAAUGCGGUGCAGUGAGGUACGUGGGGCAAUGCGGUGCAGUGAGGUACGUGGGGCAAUGCGGUGCAGUGAGGUACGUGGGGCAAUGCGGUGCAGUGAGGUACGUGGGGCAAUGCGGUGCAGUGAGGUACGUGGGGCAAUGCGGUGCAGUGAGGUACGUGGGGCAAUGCGGUGCAGUGAGGUACGUGGGGCAAUGCGGUGCAGUGAGGUACGUGGGGCAAUGCGGUGCAGUGAGGUACGUGGGGCAAUGCGGUGCAGUGAGGUACGUGGGGCAAUGCGGUGCAGUGAGGUACGUGGGGCAAUGCGGUGCAGUGAGGUACGUGGGGCAAUGCGGUGCAGUGAGGUACGUGGGGCAAUGCGGUGCAGUGAGGUACGUGGGGCAAUGCGGUGCAGUGAGGUACGUGGGGCAAUGCGGUGCAGUGAGGUACGUGGGGCAAUGCGGUGCAGUGAGGUACGUGGGGCAAUGCGGUGCAGUGAGGUACGUGGGGCAAUGCGGUGCAGUGAGGUACGUGGGGCAAUGCGGUGCAGUGAGGUACGUGGGGCAAUGCGGUGCAGUGAGGUACGUGGGGCAAUGCGGUGCAGUGAGGUACGUGGGGCAAUGCGGUGCAGUGAGGUACGUGGGGCAAUGCGGUGCAGUGAGGUACGUGGGGCAAUGCGGUGCAGUGAGGUACGUGGGGCAAUGCGGUGCAGUGAGGUACGUGGGGCAAUGCGGUGCAGUGAGGUACGUGGGGCAAUGCGGUGCAGUGAGGUACGUGGGGCAAUGCGGUGCAGUGAGGUACGUGGGGCAAUGCGGUGCAGUGAGGUACGUGGGGCAAUGCGGUGCAGUGAGGUACGUGGGGCAAUGCGGUGCAGUGAGGUACGUGGGGCAAUGCGGUGCAGUGAGGUACGUGGGGCAAUGCGGUGCAGUGAGGUACGUGGGGCAAUGCGGUGCAGUGAGGUACGUGGGGCAAUGCGGUGCAGUGAGGUACGUGGGGCAAUGCGGUGCAGUGAGGUACGUGGGGCAAUGCGGUGCAGUGAGGUACGUGGGGCAAUGCGGUGCAGUGAGGUACGUGGGGCAAUGCGGUGCAGUGAGGUACGUGGGGCAAUGCGGUGCAGUGAGGUACGUGGGGCAAUGCGGUGCAGUGAGGUACGUGGGGCAAUGCGGUGCAGUGAGGUACGUGGGGCAAUGCGGUGCAGUGAGGUACGUGGGGCAAUGCGGUGCAGUGAGGUACGUGGGGCAAUGCGGUGCAGUGAGGUACGUGGGGCAAUGCGGUGCAGUGAGGUACGUGGGGCAAUGCGGUGCAGUGAGGUACGUGGGGCAAUGCGGUGCAGUGAGGUACGUGGGGCAAUGCGGUGCAGUGAGGUACGUGGGGCAAUGCGGUGCAGUGAGGUACGUGGGGCAAUGCGGUGCAGUGAGGUACGUGGGGCAAUGCGGUGCAGUGAGGUACGUGGGGCAAUGCGGUGCAGUGAGGUACGUGGGGCAAUGCGGUGCAGUGAGGUACGUGGGGCAAUGCGGUGCAGUGAGGUACGUGGGGCAAUGCGGUGCAGUGAGGUACGUGGGGCAAUGCGGUGCAGUGAGGUACGUGGGGCAAUGCGGUGCAGUGAGGUACGUGGGGCAAUGCGGUGCAGUGAGGUACGUGGGGCAAUGCGGUGCAGUGAGGUACGUGGGGCAAUGCGGUGCAGUGAGGUACGUGGGGCAAUGCGGUGCAGUGAGGUACGUGGGGCAAUGCGGUGCAGUGAGGUACGUGGGGCAAUGCGGUGCAGUGAGGUACGUGGGGCAAUGCGGUGCAGUGAGGUACGUGGGGCAAUGCGGUGCAGUGAGGUACGUGGGGCAAUGCGGUGCAGUGAGGUACGUGGGGCAAUGCGGUGCAGUGAGGUACGUGGGGCAAUGCGGUGCAGUGAGGUACGUGGGGCAAUGCGGUGCAGUGAGGUACGUGGGGCAAUGCGGUGCAGUGAGGUACGUGGGGCAAUGCGGUGCAGUGAGGUACGUGGGGCAAUGCGGUGCAGUGAGGUACGUGGGGCAAUGCGGUGCAGUGAGGUACGUGGGGCAAUGCGGUGCAGUGAGGUACGUGGGGCAAUGCGGUGCAGUGAGGUACGUGGGGCAAUGCGGUGCAGUGAGGUACGUGGGGCAAUGCGGUGCAGUGAGGUACGUGGGGCAAUGCGGUGCAGUGAGGUACGUGGGGCAAUGCGGUGCAGUGAGGUACGUGGGGCAAUGCGGUGCAGUGAGGUACGUGGGGCAAUGCGGUGCAGUGAGGUACGUGGGGCAAUGCGGUGCAGUGAGGUACGUGGGGCAAUGCGGUGCAGUGAGGUACGUGGGGCAAUGCGGUGCAGUGAGGUACGUGGGGCAAUGCGGUGCAGUGAGGUACGUGGGGCAAUGCGGUGCAGUGAGGUACGUGGGGCAAUGCGGUGCAGUGAGGUACGUGGGGCAAUGCGGUGCAGUGAGGUACGUGGGGCAAUGCGGUGCAGUGAGGUACGUGGGGCAAUGCGGUGCAGUGAGGUACGUGGGGCAAUGCGGUGCAGUGAGGUACGUGGGGCAAUGCGGUGCAGUGAGGUACGUGGGGCAAUGCGGUGCAGUGAGGUACGUGGGGCAAUGCGGUGCAGUGAGGUACGUGGGGCAAUGCGGUGCAGUGAGGUACGUGGGGCAAUGCGGUGCAGUGAGGUACGUGGGGCAAUGCGGUGCAGUGAGGUACGUGGGGCAAUGCGGUGCAGUGAGGUACGUGGGGCAAUGCGGUGCAGUGAGGUACGUGGGGCAAUGCGGUGCAGUGAGGUACGUGGGGCAAUGCGGUGCAGUGAGGUACGUGGGGCAAUGCGGUGCAGUGAGGUACGUGGGGCAAUGCGGUGCAGUGAGGUACGUGGGGCAAUGCGGUGCAGUGAGGUACGUGGGGCAAUGCGGUGCAGUGAGGUACGUGGGGCAAUGCGGUGCAGUGAGGUACGUGGGGCAAUGCGGUGCAGUGAGGUACGUGGGGCAAUGCGGUGCAGUGAGGUACGUGGGGCAAUGCGGUGCAGUGAGGUACGUGGGGCAAUGCGGUGCAGUGAGGUACGUGGGGCAAUGCGGUGCAGUGAGGUACGUGGGGCAAUGCGGUGCAGUGAGGUACGUGGGGCAAUGCGGUGCAGUGAGGUACGUGGGGCAAUGCGGUGCAGUGAGGUACGUGGGGCAAUGCGGUGCAGUGAGGUACGUGGGGCAAUGCGGUGCAGUGAGGUACGUGGGGCAAUGCGGUGCAGUGAGGUACGUGGGGCAAUGCGGUGCAGUGAGGUACGUGGGGCAAUGCGGUGCAGUGAGGUACGUGGGGCAAUGCGGUGCAGUGAGGUACGUGGGGCAAUGCGGUGCAGUGAGGUACGUGGGGCAAUGCGGUGCAGUGAGGUACGUGGGGCAAUGCGGUGCAGUGAGGUACGUGGGGCAAUGCGGUGCAGUGAGGUACGUGGGGCAAUGCGGUGCAGUGAGGUACGUGGGGCAAUGCGGUGCAGUGAGGUACGUGGGGCAAUGCGGUGCAGUGAGGUACGUGGGGCAAUGCGGUGCAGUGAGGUACGUGGGGCAAUGCGGUGCAGUGAGGUACGUGGGGCAAUGCGGUGCAGUGAGGUACGUGGGGCAAUGCGGUGCAGUGAGGUACGUGGGGCAAUGCGGUGCAGUGAGGUACGUGGGGCAAUGCGGUGCAGUGAGGUACGUGGGGCAAUGCGGUGCAGUGAGGUACGUGGGGCAAUGCGGUGCAGUGAGGUACGUGGGGCAAUGCGGUGCAGUGAGGUACGUGGGGCAAUGCGGUGCAGUGAGGUACGUGGGGCAAUGCGGUGCAGUGAGGUACGUGGGGCAAUGCGGUGCAGUGAGGUACGUGGGGCAAUGCGGUGCAGUGAGGUACGUGGGGCAAUGCGGUGCAGUGAGGUACGUGGGGCAAUGCGGUGCAGUGAGGUACGUGGGGCAAUGCGGUGCAGUGAGGUACGUGGGGCAAUGCGGUGCAGUGAGGUACGUGGGGCAAUGCGGUGCAGUGAGGUACGUGGGGCAAUGCGGUGCAGUGAGGUACGUGGGGCAAUGCGGUGCAGUGAGGUACGUGGGGCAAUGCGGUGCAGUGAGGUACGUGGGGCAAUGCGGUGCAGUGAGGUACGUGGGGCAAUGCGGUGCAGUGAGGUACGUGGGGCAAUGCGGUGCAGUGAGGUACGUGGGGCAAUGCGGUGCAGUGAGGUACGUGGGGCAAUGCGGUGCAGUGAGGUACGUGGGGCAAUGCGGUGCAGUGAGGUACGUGGGGCAAUGCGGUGCAGUGAGGUACGUGGGGCAAUGCGGUGCAGUGAGGUACGUGGGGCAAUGCGGUGCAGUGAGGUACGUGGGGCAAUGCGGUGCAGUGAGGUACGUGGGGCAAUGCGGUGCAGUGAGGUACGUGGGGCAAUGCGGUGCAGUGAGGUACGUGGGGCAAUGCGGUGCAGUGAGGUACGUGGGGCAAUGCGGUGCAGUGAGGUACGUGGGGCAAUGCGGUGCAGUGAGGUACGUGGGGCAAUGCGGCGCAGUGAGGUACGUGGGGCAAUGCGGCGCAGUGAGGUACGUGGGGCAAUGCGGCUGCAGUGAGGUACGUGGGGCAAUGCGGUGCAGUGAGGUACGUGGGGCAAUGCGGUGCAGUGAGGUACGUGGGGCAAUGCGGUGCAGUGAGGUACGUGGGGCAAUGCGGUGCAGUGAGGUACGUGGGGCAAUGCGGUGCAGUGAGGUACGUGGGGCAAUGCGGUGCAGUGAGGUACGUGGGGCAAUGCGGUGCAGUGAGGUACGUGGGGCAAUGCGGUGCAGUGAGGUACGUGGGGCAAUGCGGUGCAGUGAGGUACGUGGGGCAAUGCGGUGCAGUGAGGUACGUGGGGCAAUGCGGUGCAUGAGGUACGUGGGGCAAUGCGGUGCAGUGAGGUACGUGGGGCAAUGCGGUGCAGUGAGGUACGUGGGGCAAUGCGGUGCAGUGAGGUACGUGGGGCAAUGCGGUGCAGUGAGGUACGUGGGGCAAUGCGGUGCAGUGAGGUACGUGGGGCAAUGCGGUGCAGUGAGGUACGUGGGGCAAUGCGGUGCAGUGAGGUACGUGGGGCAAUGCGGUGCAGUGAGGUACGUGGGGCAAUGCGGUGCAGUGAGGUACGUGGGGCAAUGCGGUGCAGUGAGGUACGUGGGGCAAUGCGGUGCAGUGAGGUACGUGGGGCAAUGCGGUGCAGUGAGGUACGUGGGGCAAUGCGGUGCAGUGAGGUACGUGGGGCAAUGCGGUGCAGUGAGGUACGUGGGGCAAUGCGGUGCAGUGAGGUACGUGGGGCAAUGCGGUGCAGUGAGGUACGUGGGGCAAUGCGGUGCAGUGAGGUACGUGGGGCAAUGCGGUGCAGUGAGGUACGUGGGGCAAUGCGGUGCAGUGAGGUACGUGGGGCAAUGCGGUGCAGUGAGGUACGUGGGGCAAUGCGGUGCAGUGAGGUACGUGGGGCAAUGCGGUGCAGUGAGGUACGUGGGGCAAUGCGGUGCAGUGAGGUACGUGGGGCAAUGCGGUGCAGUGAGGUACGUGGGGCAAUGCGGUGCAGUGAGGUACGUGGGGCAAUGCGGUGCAGUGAGGUACGUGGGGCAAUGCGGUGCAGUGAGGUACGUGGGGCAAUGCGGUGCAGUGAGGUACGUGGGGCAAUGCGGUGCAGUGAGGUACGUGGGGCAAUGCGGUGCAGUGAGGUACGUGGGGCAAUGCGGUGCAGUGAGGUACGUGGGGCAAUGCGGUGCAGUGAGGUACGUGGGGCAAUGCGGUGCAGUGAGGUACGUGGGGCAAUGCGGUGCAGUGAGGUACGUGGGGCAAUGCGGUGCAGUGAGGUACGUGGGGCAAUGCGGUGCAGUGAGGUACGUGGGGCAAUGCGGUGCAGUGAGGUACGUGGGGCAAUGCGGUGCAGUGAGGUACGUGGGGCAAUGCGGUGCAGUGAGGUACGUGGGGCAAUGCGGUGCAGUGAGGUACGUGGGGCAAUGCGGUGCAGUGAGGUACGUGGGGCAAUGCGGUGCAGUGAGGUACGUGGGGCAAUGCGGUGCAGUGAGGUACGUGGGGCAAUGCGGUGCAGUGAGGUACGUGGGGCAAUGCGGUGCAGUGAGGUACGUGGGGCAAUGCGGUGCAGUGAGGUACGUGGGGCAAUGCGGUGCAGUGAGGUACGUGGGGCAAUGCGGUGCAGUGAGGUACGUGGGGCAAUGCGGUGCAGUGAGGUACGUGGGGCAAUGCGGUGCAGUGAGGUACGUGGGGCAAUGCGGUGCAGUGAGGUACGUGGGGCAAUGCGGUGCAGUGAGGUACGUGGGGCAAUGCGGUGCAGUGAGGUACGUGGGGCAAUGCGGUGCAGUGAGGUACGUGGGGCAAUGCGGUGCAGUGAGGUACGUGGGGCAAUGCGGUGCAGUGAGGUACGUGGGGCAAUGCGGUGCAGUGAGGUACGUGGGGCAAUGCGGUGCAGUGAGGUACGUGGGGCAAUGCGGUGCAGUGAGGUACGUGGGGCAAUGCGGUGCAGUGAGGUACGUGGGGCAAUGCGGUGCAGUGAGGUACGUGGGGCAAUGCGGUGCAGUGAGGUACGUGGGGCAAUGCGGUGCAGUGAGGUACGUGGGGCAAUGCGGUGCAGUGAG